CAAAACCCUUGAAAUCUCGAAACUUCAAUAUAACUCCCUCUUUGUCUCGUUUCAUUCGUUUUGCAUUUGAUUUUAUCUGAAGACGCCGUCGCCGUAAACAUGAAGGUUGUUGCUGCCUAUUUGCUUGCCGUUCUUGGAGGCAACGACACCCCCUCCGCCAAAACCAUCAAGGACAUCCUUGGUUCAGUUGGAGCAGAAGCAGAAGAUGAUAGAAUUGAAUUGUUUUUGUCUGAAAUUAAGGGCAAAGAUUUAGCUGAGGUUAUUGCAUCUGGUAGGGAAAAGUUGGCAUCAGUGCCUUCUGGUGGUGGUGUUGCUGUUGCCGCUGCACCUGCAAGUGGUGGUGGUGCUGCUCCUGCAGCUGCCGAGGCAAAGAAAGAGGAGAAGGUGGAGGAGAAAGAGGAAUCUGAUGAUGAUAUGGGUUUCAGUCUUUUUGAUUAAGUCUACAGUUGCUGAGUCUGUUGAAGUUUUGUUCAAAAGAGUAAUGUGGUGUGAUUUCAUUUGGAUGAUAAAAAAACUAAGUUGGAUGAAUUCAGUUUGAGAUAUUUUUAGUUUGUUAAUGUUAUGGAGUAAUGUUUUCGUUAUCAGUGUACCUUUUUUUUUUUGUUUUACUUUUUCAGUAGAAUUUCUUUUUAUUCGAAGUGCAAAAACAUUAUAAAUUGAUAUUGAUAUAUUUACCUAAUUAAAAUUUAUUACGAAUA